AUGGUCCCAGCAAUGUGGCCGGAGAAGGCUAAAGCGGUGGCCUUUUCCUGCGCAGAACGAGCAGGAUUUGGAAAGGCUUUUAAGUUACGCAUCAUAUCCGAGCCGGAGACCGCCACGAUGCAUGCCUUGCACGCAUCGAGCCCCCAUGGUUUGGAAGUCGGCGAUAAAAUUGUUCUCUGUGAUGCUGGUGGUGAGGCACCCAGGAAUGGAACUCUCUGUGGAAACACUUUCCUCAACAGGAAUUUCGAAGAAUUCCUAAAAAAUCGAUUGUCCUUCUGCCCUGGCUGGGGCCGCGAUACGCUGGAAGAAGCGCUUCACCGUUUCGAAGCCGUUGCUAAGCGGACAUUCUGUGGCAAUGAAGAUGACAAUUUCCACUUCCCUGUCCUAAGAAUAGCGGACAAUGCAAAGGCCGGUGUGUGCCGCGGUCAAUUCUGUGUGACGGGCAGAGAAAUGAAGGAAAUAUUCAAUCCAGUUCUCCAGGCUGUGCAUGACCUUGUUAAGGAUCAGGUCCGGACAUCAUCCAAGAAUAUGAAGACAAUCUUCCUUGUCGGUGGCUACGUUCAAAGCCCCUACCUUCGCAAAUACCUUCGUGAUCAUUUUGCCCUUGGCAUCGAGGCCCUGGCACCGGUCAACGGUUGGACUGCUGUCAUGAGGGGUGCUUUGAUAAAAACUGUCCGAGAAAUCUGUGCUUCUGGUACCGGAGCUUUGGUUGAAUCUCGAGUUGCUAGAAGAACUAUGGGCUCCUUCGGAUACAAACGUCAUUUGACCCGAAAGUGCAUGAUGAUUCGAGGAAGUAAGUUCUGGGAUAAGUUCGAUGGAAUACGGAGAAUUACGGUGAUGGAAUGGCUUAUUCAAAAGGGCGAUGUCAUUGUGGAGGGAGACCCCGUAAACCACGCUCUGAAACAAAUCCAACAUGAGACAAGAGGCCCAUUAAAGAGCAUUCACACGACAGUAUAUGAGCUGGAUUCCCCAACAGGAGAAAGGGCACCAAUGUACUACAACGAUAGCCCAGAUAUCAAGAUAUACGCAACUCUGAGCCCGCCUUUGGAUAAGAUUGAGAAGACUUGCGUCCCACUUGUUCGCGGUUAUGAUAACAAAAGCUACUACAGAGUUUCCUACGACAUACGUGCAGCAUUCUUCUCUGCUCACUCUGAGUACAGUCUUCGGUACGACGGCAAAAACUAUGGUACUGUGAAGGUGGAUUAUGCUUGA